AUGAUAUACCACGUCUUUCCGAGUUUUUACGGCAAAGAUGUCCGUAUAGGAUUUCUCGGUCACUUACAAAAUCACUUUGAGAGCAAGGGAAUCAAAACAUUCAAGGAUAAUGAGAUCGAGAGAGGCCAUUCGAUCGAACCUGAGCUCGUACAAGCGAUUAGAGACUCCAGAAUCUCCCUUGUUCUGCUCUCCGAGAAUUACGCUUCUUCAAGAUGGUGUUUAGAUGAAUUGGUUGAAAUCUUCAAGUGCAAAGAAGAUCAAGGGCAGAUUGUGAUGACUGUCUUUUACGGCGUAACUCCGUCCGAUGUACGGAACCAGAGAGGAGAUUUCGGACUCUCUUUCCAGAGAACCUGUGAAGGCAGAACAGAGCAAGUGAAGCAGAGAUGGAGGAAAGCUUUGACUGAUGUCGCAAACAUUGAAGGAGAAGAUUAUUCUCCUAAGUGGGCUAACGAGGCAGAAAUGAUCCAAAAGAUUGCGAAAGAUGUUUCCAAGAAACUGAAUGUUACACCCUCAAGGGAUUUUGACGACAAGGUGGGACUGCAAACUCACUUGAGAAAAGUGAAGUCUUUGUUAUGCCUGGAGCGUAAUGAUGAAGUGAAGAUGAUCGGAAUAUGGGGUCCUGCGGGAAUCGGUAAGAGCACCAUUGCUAGAGCUUUAUUCAACGAACUCUCUAACGAUUUUCGACUUAGAUGUUUUAUGGAGAACCUAGGAGGAGUAGUAAGUUAUAGGAGCGUAACUCGUGUUGAUGCGUAUGAUUCAAAGUUGAAGUUGCAAAACCAACUUCUGUCUAAGAUUUUGGACCAAAGGGAUAUGAGGGUAGAUCAUUUAGGUAUGGUAAAAGAAUGGCUACAUUAUCAAAAGGUGCUCAUCAUUCUCGAUGAUGUAGAUAAUCUAAAUAAACUAGAUGCUUUGGCUAGAGAACUUUCUUGGUUUGGUUUGGGAAGUAGGAUCAUUGUUACCACACAAGAUAAAAAGAUUCUCAAGGCACACGGGAUAGAAGAUAUCUACCAUGUGGAUUUUCCAUCCAGAGAAGAAGCUCUUGAGAUGUUAAGUCUAUCUGCUUUCAAAGAAAGUUCUGUGCCACAUGGUUUUGAAGAGGUUGCACGUAAAGUAGCAGAGCUUUGCUGUAAUCUUCCGUUAGCUCUUUCUGUCGUGGGUUCAUCUUUGCGUGGGGAGAGCAAGAACGAGUGGGAAGUUCAGUUAUCUAGGAUCGAAUCUAGUCUUGAUAAAGAUAUUGGGGACGUAUUAAGAGUGGGGUAUGACCGAUUGUCGGAGAACGAUAAAGCUCUGUUUCUCCACAUCGCAUGCCUUUUCGAAAAUGGUUUUUAUGAUGCGAGAAGCAUGCUCGUUGACAGUAAUUUGGUUGUCGAAAACGGGCUGCGGACCCUACUCGUCAGAUCUCUUGUGCAAACCACUGAUUUUAAUCAUCUAAAGAUGCACUCUUUACUAGCCCAAAUGGGUAGACAAAUAGUGCGUGAACAGUCAGAUGAGCAUGGGAAACGUCAAUUUUUAGUAGACGCGAAGGAGAUUCGUGAUGUACUGAUAGAUGAAAUGGGUACUGGAUCUGUCAGAGGUAUAUCAGCUAAUAUGAAAGAGGUGGGCGAAUUCUCUAUAAGUGGGCGAGCCUUUGAAGGAAUGCGUAAUCUCCGUUUCUUAAAACUCUAUGGGAACGACUUGCAAUUGCGGAUAUCAGAAGACUUGGAAUAUCUACCUCGUCUAAGGUUACUAGUGUGGCAUUAUUACCCGAGAGAACGUCUUCCUCCAACAUUUCAACCUGGAUGUCUCGUCCAGCUCCAUAUGUCAGACAGCAAUCUCGAAAAGCUCUGGGAUGGAAUCAAGCCCCUUCCAAAUCUCCGGAAUAUAGAUUUGAGCUAUGCCGUGAAGUUGAAAGAAGUCCCAAAUCUUUCGGAGGCUACUAAUCUCCAGCAUUUGAUACUUUCUUAUUGCACAAGUCUGGUGGAGCUUCCCUCUUCUAUUAGGAAUCUACACAAACUGAAACGUUGGAUAUGA